AUGUCAGACUUUCUGCAGUUCGAUAUAGAUUUUUACCAGUCAAACUACGUUGCUGACAAUCAAGAGGAAAGCUCAAGCAGGCCUGGAGACCCUGGAAAAAAAUUCCCGACAGGUCCUUGGCCACACUCUGAGGCCAAUCCUUCUCAACCACUUGAAGGCCAGAUCUUUCAACCAGCAGAUGCUUCUCAGUUUCCGUCCAUCCAUACUUACUCCGACAGUUUUGAUGAAGAGCCUCCGUUGCUUGAAGAGCUGGGAAUCAACUUCAACCAUAUUUGGCAGAAAACAUUGACCGUGCUGAACCCCAUGAAGGUGGCUGAAGCCAGCAUUAUGAACGAGACAGAUCUGGCUGGGCCUUUGGUUUUCUGCUUCGCCCUGGGAUCAACGUGGCUCUUGGCAGGAAAAGUCCAUUUCGGCUACGUGUACGGCACCAGUGUGAUUGGCUGCCUGGCGAUCCACGCGCUGUUGAACCUGAUGAGCAUCGUAGGGGUUUCCCAUGGGUGUGUCGCAAGUGUGCUAGGCUACAGUCUGUUGCCCAUGGUGAUCUUAUCCACCUGUGCAGUAUUUUUCUCCUUACAGGGAAUCCCUGGGACUCUGAUUGCUCUGAUCAUUAUUGGAUGGUGCAGCCUCUCAGCCUCCAAAAUCUUCGCUUCCACCUUGGCUAUGGAAGGGCAACAGGUUCUGGUGGCCUAUCCUUGUGGCUUACUCUAUGGCCUCUUGGCGCUCAUAACCAUUUUCUGAGCUUUGCUAUUUAUAGGAGUAUCCUUUCUCUACCGCACGGAGGGGGAA